GAAUGAAAUAUGAUUAUAUCCUCUUUGCAUUACUUUCCUGCGUCGUUGAUCGGCGUGUUCUUUGUUCAACCAAGAGAAAGCCGUCAAGUCUUAAUUCGUCUGUCAACAGAAAAAAUAAGAUGGCGGACGACUUUGACGCGGAGGACGCGGUGGACGACUUGGACGACGUGGAGGAGGACGAGAACAUGGAGGAGCUGGACGCGCAGGAGGAGGAGGAGGGGGGCGAGGGCCUGGAGCUGGUGGCGCCCGGCGAGGCGGGGGGCGGAGUGCCCAAGGCGAAGCGCAUCACCACGCGCUACAUGACCAAGUACGAGCGGGCGCGGGUGCUGGGGACGCGGGCGCUGCAGAUCGCCAUGUGCGCGCCCGUCAUGGUGGAGCUGGAGGGCGAGACGGACCCGCUGCAGAUCGCCAUGAAGGAGCUGAAGCAGCGCAAGAUCCCCAUCAUCAUCCGGCGCUACCUGCCCGACAACAGCUACGAGGACUGGGGCAUCGACGAGCUCAUCAUCGUGGACCACUGAGGCCGGCCCCGUCUUCUCCGCCCUUCCCGUCCAUUCAUGUGGGCUUGUAAGAUAUACACGGUACUGAAACAUGCUUAAUCUAACAUAAUAAUAUACAUACUUGUCAUGAACACCAUUAAACUGGACUUUGUCAUAUGAAUAUCUCAUGGACUUGGUGGGUUUUCCUUGUACGCCCACGAUAUGUAUUAAUGUUUUAUUAUUAUCCGCUCACGUAAUCACAAGAGGGGUUCCUACCCCCUCCCCUCAAAAAAAAAACUAUCAUUGCAGAAUCAUAAAACACUGUUUUCAUGAUGAUGUUAGUUUUUAAAUAAGAAUCGAAAUAUAUAUUAGCUUGGAGUAUGAAUCAACAAAAUUUUGUACUCGGCCCAUCCAUAAUUAUAACUUAUUUUCAUUACUUAGUAUUUUACUUCAAUUAAGUUGCCUGUAUGAAUACCAAAUUUUGUUUGGGUAUUGUACUGUGCAGAAAUGUUUUUAAUCAUCUAGACCAACAUAAAGUAAUGGUUCGUCAUAAAUAAAAAAUUAAUCUUCAUUUUUUUUCCCUUCCAGAAACCAUAGCAUUUUAUGUAGUUUCCGCAGUGUAUAAACUUUUGAAUCUAAAUUGACUUUCUUUGGUAACAUAAUAUCACCCUGUUUGGAUGUGUUAAUAAAUACUGGCAAUAUCAAUGUAUGCUCAUAAUAUUAAUAUUUUUUGCAGUAACAAUUUAUGUAUAUUAUGUGGUAAAGUCUUGAAGUAUGAUUUCUUGGCUAUGUAAACAUGUAAAGCUGUUUAGUAGGUUAUUUACUGUAUAUUUGUGUAUGUCACCAAGAAUUUUGUGUAUUUAUUUUGACAAACAAAUUUUAAUUAUUAAAAUAUUUUCGUUUCAGUUA